UCUUCCGACUCCGACUCCGUCGAGCUUAUGACUCCGCUUACGACUGAUUUUCGAUUUUCACUAGGUCGUAAGCACUCUUAUGACUCCGACUACGAUUCCGACCACGACUCCAUCGCUAGUGAAAACCAGCCUUAAAGGGAUACUGUCAUGGGUUGACAUACGCAGUAGCAUUCACUCUCUCCGAAACUUGUCACGCUCGACCGCCAUUAUGGAAAUAUCGGUGAGUAUAAGAAUUCUGCAUAUAUUUUGCAUUUAAAUCAACUUAAUGCAAAGCAAAUACUCACGAAGGUGAAUUUCUUUUACUCAGGAACCAGCGGCGACCUUUUGUAAAUGCAAAAGUGCUUGUACAACGAAGCGCAAAGAAAAUAGUUCUCGUGGGUGCCCGUGCAAAGGGAGAAACGUGCUGUGUACAGAUGAAUGUAAAUGUGGAACAAGCAAUAAACCUUGCAGAAACAGGGUAUGCAUGCCUAUAAAGUUGAAUACAUUCACUUCUUUUGUUAUUGAGUUGCGAAAAAGCGUACGAAAUAAUUUGUGUAUUCCCUUUCUUCAGGAUUCGAACGAGCAGUCGUCAUCGGCCUAUGAAAGCCGUAUACGUAGAAUUUGACCGAGGCUGGAAGGAUCGGGAUUUCGUCUCUCAUCAGGCGCUACCGACGUUCCAACUGAGGAUCAACAACAAAUUAAAGAAACCAACGAUGUGAAGGUAUUUUUUUAUUCGCUAGUCCGUUGUUGUGUUUUUUUUUCUUACCUGUAUCCCAAUUAUGAUGCGCACACGAAUGGACAUUUGCCUUGCAAAUGCUGCAAAUGUCUGUGAUAUUUGGCAUUGUUUUAUUUCCUUAUCAGUCCCGAGACUAAAAUGAGUGAGAAGUAUUUUUAUAGACUACGAUUAUGUCAAUAAUUUUCCCAGUUUUUUUUCUUUUUAACUGACACAUUUUCAAUUUCCGGAACGUCAGAGUGAAUUAUAUGUAGCCCUGCAUUUUUCCUUUCUUUAUUAGUAGAUGAAUAUUUUCGGGUUGCUUCCACGUUAUAUUUUUGUUAUGAUUGUAUAGUCAUCAUUUUUAUUUUGAAUUAUAAACAUAGUAAGAGUUCAUUGCUACACUGGAUGAGGCAACGAUGCGAAAGUUGGCCGUGAGGGUUUAGCGGAGGGGUGUGGGGAGUAUGGAUUAUAUCCAUACUCUCCUCAUCAUGGAGGAUGACCUUGAUGGCACAGAUGAAACAGGAGACAUGAUUGCUGACACCGAGACAGCUGGAGCUACAUGUACAACCGUGGCUGUAACUGUUUCUUCAGCUGAGCCCGUUCCUUCACCAGGCAGUCCUUUGGUCGAUUGGUGUACCUGUGGCCUUUGCAGGCCAAUGCCACAGGCUGUAGAAAAUAAGUGUUACAAACAGUCAAAGUGCAUCACAACAACUUCCCACUUUGCAAAGUUAUGUCUGGAUCCUGAUUUCUUGGAAAUGUGUAUCAGGAACAUUAGUGACAUCAGAAAUGACAGAGAAGAUGCAAGUACACGUGCUUUUAGGAAAGCCGCAGACAGACAAUUUAUUUUAGCAAAGUAUGGCCGUCUUGGUAAAGGAAACAGGCGUGUUUGUCCUUCAUGUGUAGUUUUGAAAAUACGCGAGCGAUUAACCCAUCAGUCACAGGGGUUUACAUGGGAUAUCGGGAGCACUGAAAUUAUGUAUGAGACUGCAUUCUGGCUACAUGUCAAUUUACAUAACUGCUUAUGACUUAUGAAAGUGAAAUCUUACGGUGACCUUGAAUGGUGGUGUUGAAUUAUUCAUACCAAAUUUCUGAGUGUUUGGUUUUCCAGCUUUGAUAAAAGCAGUUGUUUCAAGAAGAUAGAGAUUUUCAUAAGUGGGAAAAGUGAAGUGUUAGAGUUUUCUGAGUGUCCAAGGUAAAACCCUUCCACAUGUAUUUCUUACAAAAUACAGCAACUCACACUUGAUACAAUUGACUAUUUUAUUGCUUAGUUGAUGUACUCUGAACUUUCCUGAUACACCGCCUAGAAGGAUGUACUUAUGACUUAAUAUACAAACUUUACUUUUUUUCAGUGGUAAAAAACGUUUUUUUUCACUCUUGUGCAAGAGUCAUGCAUAUGCAUUUCAGUUCAAUAAAAGAUACAGUGGUCCAUUAAUUUUCAUUUCAAGUCACCACAGGUGUUUUCCCUGCUCAUCGAUUCACCUUCAAUAAAAAUAUAAACACUGAUAUUUGUAGAAAAUCAAGAGUCCAAAUAAUAUCCCCUGAUGUAAUUAUCAUGUUGUAUCAAAAUGGAACAUUUUCCAUAUUUUUUGUUUGAUAACAUAACGGCACAGUGAGUUUCUAAGUGGAUGUACAUUGUAUGUUCACAUAUUAUAUGAAAUAAA